AUGGCUAGAUCUAUGGAAUUGAAGGGACGUCUAACUCGCAUUAAAAAGAGUGACUCGCAAUUUAUGGAUGGAUAUUUGCGUGAGAUUAAGCAUUACCCGUUUCCUCUUAGUUUUGAUGACUUGCGACCUAAACUUCUGCUUCAUGAACAACGCCUAAAAAGUUCGAAGGAUGGUUCUGAAUCUUCUUCGCAUAAUGCCUUGGUGGCUGUUCAGUCUUCUAGUUCUAUUUCUCCCUCAAGGAAUAAUUCAGGUGGCCGGAAUAGAGAGAAAAAUAAUAGAAAUCGAGGGGGGAAUAAUGGUCGAAAUCAAAAUAAUUGGGGUAAUGGUGGUAACAAUAACAACAACAAUUCUCGUGGCUCUGGUAACAACAAUAACAACAAUGCUAAUCGGGUACACUCCAAUGGUCAUCAAGCUGCCUAUUGUCCUCAAAGAUUCAAUUCCAGCUUUGUUCCAUGUUCAUCUGAAAGUGUCACUCGAGCCUUAGCUGCACUGUCUGUUGGUGGCGAAGCUAAUGAUUCAUUCCGGUACCCGGAUUCGGGAGCUGCAUCUCACAUGACUCCUCAGGAUGACAAGACAACGGGGGAGGUUCUGCUUCGGGGAUCCAGUAAGCAAGGUGUCUACCCUCUUCAGCCUAUUGUUGUCCCUCCUGAGUCUACAGUUCCUGCUUUCCUAGCCACUAAGGAGUCGGGUGAUGUUUGGCAUGCUCGUCUGGGUUAUCGUUGUUUUGAUCCUACUACCAAUAAAGUGUUCACUAGUCGUCAUGUUCAUUUCCAUGAACAUAAGUUUCCUUAUCGUACUCUUGUGGGUUCUCAAUCCAAGACGUCUUACACGUCACCCCAGGCCUUAGAGUUAGAUUGGAGUCCCACGAAUGUCGCGUCGUCAUGUGUGUCUGGCAGGUCUGUGUCUAAUCCAACUCCGUCGAGUUCCACUCCUCCCCUACGUUCGGAUUCCCCUGUCUUGCCCAUACUCUCCCAACCGCCCGUUAGGCCUUCCCUCUCUCCUGGCCACGUGUCUGCUGAGCUCGCUGGCCCACCUUCGGUCGCUGGAUCCCCAACCUUCACACCAGGUUCUGCUGGCUGGCACGCUGGAUCACCAGCGCUAGCUGGCCCAGCACCUGCCCCUACUGCCUGGCCCGCUGGAUCCCCAGCGCUCGCUGGCCCAGCUUCCAUGUCGUACACCAACACUAUUCCUAGAUCUUCUUCUUCUCGUUGUCAACCAUCAUCCCAUGGUCACUCGCUUAAAAGACGGUGUCUCUAA